AUGGCACAAGCUGGAGAUCUCCUUUAUCAGGACAAUUUCAGCUGUUCAGUCUGUCUGGAUCUACUGAAGGAUCCAGUGACUAUCCCGUGUGGACACAGUUACUGUACGGACUGUAUUAAGGGCUGCUGGGAUCAGGAAGAUGAUGCUGGUGUCUACAGCUGUCCUCAGUGCAGACAGACCUUCACCUCAAGACCUGUUCUGGGUAGAAACACCCUGCUGGCUGAAGUGGUGGAGAAACUGAAGAAGACAGAACUCCAAGAUGCUCCUUCUGAACACUGUUACACUGGACCUGGAGAUGUGGUGUGUGAUUUCUGUACCGGUAGAAAACUCAAAGCUGUCAAGUCCUGUCUGGUGUGUCUGGUUUCUUACUGCGAAACUCACCUCCAGCCUCACUAUGACUCGCCAGCUUUUAAAAAACACAAACUUACUGAUGCUGCCAGAAACCUUCAGGAAAAGGUCUGUUCCCACCAUGACAAAUUGCUGGAGGUCUACUGUCGUACUGAUCAGCAGUGUAUCUGUUUGCUGUGCGUGAUGGACAAACACAGAGGACAUGAUACAGUCUCUGAUGCUGCAGAAAGGACUGAGAAACAGAAGCAUCUAGAAACAAGACAGAGUGAAUUUCAACAGAGGAUCAGUGAGAGAGAGAAGAAGGUACAGGAGCUGAGAGAGGCUGUGGACUCACUCACACGCUCUGCACAGGCAGCAGUGGAGGACACCGACAGCAUCUUCACCCAGAUGAUCCGCUCCCUUGAGAAAAGGCGCUCUGAGCUCAAAGAUGUGAUCAGAGCUCAGGAGAAGGCUGCACUGAGUCAGGCUGAAGGUCUUCUGGAGCAACUGGAGCAGGAGAUUGCUGAGUUGAAAAGGCAAAAUGCUGAGCUGGAGCAGCUUUCACACACAGAGGAUCACAUCCAUUUCCUACAGAGUUUCCAGUCUCUCUGUGUCCCUCCUGGACCUGUACACUUACCCACCAUCACUGUGAACCCACACUGCUCUUUUGGAGAUGUGAAAAAAGCUCUUUCUGAUCUCAAAGUCCAACUAGAGGAAGCCUGUAAGAAAAAAUUCACAGAGAUUUCCCAAACAGUGAGAAAAGUCAAAGUGAUUCCAGAACCCAGGACCAGAGAAGAGUUUUUGUACUAUGCCUGUCAGCUCACACUGGACACAAAUACAGCGAAUAAACACCUCCGUCUGUCUGAGAGAAACACAGUGGUGACCUGUGAAAAACAUCUACAGUCAUAUCCUGAUCAUCCAGAGAGAUUUGAGCACUGGAACCAAGUUCUGUGUACAGAGGGUCUGUCUGGACGCUGUUACUGGGAGCUUCAGUGGAGUGGAGAUUAUGGGGUUUAUAUAGCAGUGUCAUAUAAAGGGAUCAACAGGAAAGGAGGUGAUGGCUGUCGUCUUGGAUACAAUAACAAGUCCUGGAGUUUGUUCUGCUCUCCCUCCAGUUACAGUUUCUAUCACAAUGAUGAGGAGACUCCAGUAUCUGGUCCCAGUUCCUCCAGAAUAGGAGUUUACCUGGAUCACAGGGCAGGAACUCUGUCCUUCUACAGUGUCUCUAAGGACACAAUGACCCUCCUCCACAGAGUCCAGACCAUAUUCACAGAACCCCUCUAUCCUGGAUUUAUGGUUUUUGCAACAGGAUCUGAAGUGAAACUGUGUUCUCUGAGAUGAGAGGAAACAGGAGCUGAACUCAGAAUGGAGGAAUCUGUGUUUUCCUGUAUUGUUCUCUUCAAACAUGUUUUCUGCUCUAUUAUAACAGUAUUUCUUUAGACGUUAUUAUUAAAGUUAUCAGACUGCUGUUUGAGAGGGUGCGGCGGCGCAGCGGACUU